AUGGGGAACGCAAAAUUGGAGCAGGAGCUGAAGUCUAAAUUCAGGCCGAGUCAACUAAAUGCGAAUGUUAUUGGUACUAGACUCAUUAGGGAUGGCGUGCUAGUCAACUGUGCUGAUGUCAAGUCGCUUCAAAAUUUGAAAGAUGGUCUCAAGAGGCAAGCCGGAAAUGCAUUUAAUGUUUAUGAGUCGAAAAAACUUCGUCCGAAGAUUGUAGUCUACAGUGUUGAUAAAUCAGCUGCCGAGGAUGCCCGCCUUUCUGAAAUUAUCAUCGCAGAUAAUGAAUUAGAUGCUACGGAAGCUGAUAUUCGUGUGGUUACUAAUUUUAAAUUUAAGGACGGUAUCAAUGUUGUCCUUGAAGUUACUCCCUCUAUUUUUAAAAAUGUUAUGGGGAAAGGAUUUUUAUAUAUAGGUUGGAAAAGAUGUAAUGUAAAGGAGCAUUUUAAUGUUGCAAAAUGUUUCAAGUGCUAUAACUAUGGGCAUUAUAAAAAAGAUUGCAAGAGUUCAGCUACGAUUUGUCCUCAAUAUUCAGGAAAUCAUGAAAAGCGCGACUGCAUUUCUUCUGAUCUCUGUUGUAUUAACUAUAAGACUUCCAACAAUAAGUUUAAAACAAAUUUUCCUACAGACCAUUCAGCUAAUAGCACUCAAUGUUUGUGCUACCUUAACAAAUUAGGACAACUUAAGGAUAGAAUUCAAUAUGAACAAUAA